CAAUGCUUGUACUAACUUUAGUAAGGGAGUAGUACAUUGGUAUUGUCAAGAGUACUCUUGGUAUUGUACUACUCCCUGGUUGUAAAACUAAACACCUCCAUAUGGGCUCUCUGCUGCAAGAAAAGAAGAAUGAAGUACUGUCAAUUUUCACUUGUUGCCAGCCUUGCAUUGCUUGCCCUUGUUGUUGCAGUUGUCGAAGAUACUUUGAAGUAAUUUUUUUAUCAACAUCAUGGAAGACGUUCUAUCCCUCUACGCUGACAGCGAUUCCUCAUUUGAGAAUAUAUGUUGCUCCAUGGUGGAGGAAGCUGCCAGUGGUGCAGCCGCAAAGUUGGUGGAGACCGACUCAUCAUUCGAUGACCUUUGUUGCUCCCUGGUGGAGGAACAAAGCAUGCUGGCUGACGCGGAAGAGGUGCUUGACGCCGAUAUGGACGAGCCGGCCACAACGCCAAGUUCUGAGUCUGCCCAUGUGACCUCAGCCCAGCCUUCAUCGUCCCGAUUUGUCAGGGUCACGGACAACGAGGUGUCAGAUAAGGCCGAAGCGUCCGUUCCCGUCAACACCAGGAGGAAGAUGAAGUGGGCUGUAACCAUAUGGGAUGAGUGGCGGAAAAGUCGAACGGACACAUAUCCCAAUGAGAUGCUGGUGGCUGCCGUGAAAGCGCCAAUAUGGGAGGUUGGCGACAUCGAGCUGGUUUGGCUACUCCAGCGAUUUGUUUUGGAGAUCAGGGACCAAAAAGGCCAGAAAUACCCGGGUAAAACUGUCCACGAAAUAAUUGUAGUCGAACUGCAGCGCGCAGUGCGCGAAAAGCGGCCAAGCUGUGCCUUCUUCAACUCCUUUGAGUACAAGGGAUUUCAGGAUGUGAUGGACACAUGCAUGAAGGAGUCCGCCAGAACGUCUGCAGGUCAACGCCGCCAAGCGCAGCCGAUCUGGCCAAAGGACGAGGACAAGCUCUGGGAAGCUGGCGUUCUCGGUAGUGACCAGCCCCAGCAGCUGCUGGAUACCGUGUUUUUCUUGGUUGGGAAGAAUUUCGCUCUGCGAAGUGGCGAAGAGCACCGAUCCCUCAGAUAUCUGCCGAACUCGCAGAUAACCCUCCAUGAGCCUGAGGAUGGCAGAUCUUAUCUGCUCUAUACGGAGGAAGUGUCGAAAACCAAUCAGGGCGGGCUUAAAAGCCGCAAAGUCCAGCAGAAGUCUGUCCGUGCUUAUGACAACCCCAGCUGCCAACCUCGAUGCCCGGUUGCCAUAUUCAAGAAGUACGUAGCAAAGCGACCGAGUGAAGCUCCAGCAUUUUACCUGAAGCCUUUGCAGAAGCCAACGGAGCAAACGUGGUUCGGCAAUGUGCCUCUUGGGAAGAACACAUUGCGAUGUAUGGUUGCAGAUAUCUGCAGCAGAGGUGGCCUCAGUGGGUUCUUCACGAACCAUUCCUUGCGGCGGACGUGCGCUACACAACUGUACGACAACGGAGUUGAUGAACAGACGAUUAAGGAGGUGACUGGACACCGCAGCGACGCUGUGCGGCAGUAUAAGGUCACCUCUGAGAAAAAACAGAUGGCAACAUCUGACAUCCUCAACCGUUGUCAGGACCAGCCAGCACAAGAACCCUGCAAGCCAAAGACAACAGUUGCGCGGGAAGACACCGACAGUGAAAAUGACUCGGCACUCCCCAACCGUAAGCGUUGCCGGGCCCUGACCAGCAUUGGCAAUGUGUAUGCCGCGGAGGGUGCCACAGUUGUCAUCAAGCUGUCGUGACUCACUCUUGUUUUAGUUGCCUGGCAUUCCUCUGUUUUCUUUCUUUUCCAGUCCUGAUCUUUUUAUAUUGCUAUUGUUUUGUAGUGGGAGUUCAGGCCCCACAUGU